UGGCAGUCCUGUGAUUAAGACUCUGUGCUCCCAAUUUGGAGUGCCUGGGUUCAAUCCCUGGUCAGGGAACUAGAUCUCACAUCUGUCAUGCCACACUUAAGACUUGGGACAGCCAAAUAUUUUAAAAAGUAAGUGAGCAUAAAAUUAGGUCUUUAAGGGCUGAUCAAGGUGCAAUAAACUCAGUACAUUCUUUCUCUUUCCCACUAAUUACAACUAAAAACUUCAGCAAAAAUAGAUCUGUGGUCUCUGAAAACUAAAUGAAAACUACUGGAUUGGAAGCAGAAGUCAAAUUUGGCAAACCAACUCAUACAAUGUUAAGUUUUCUGGUUUUAUUUCUUACCCUUUUCCCCAGCUUUGAAUAAAGAGUAAACACUCAGCAGAACUACUGUGGCAGCGUGGGCAGUCCAAAUUCUGAGAGAAGCUUCAUUUUUGGGGUAGAAGACCAAGAAAGAAAGCUGCUUUGAGUAGAAGAAAGAAUUCUGGAGAUAAGAGAGCUGAAGAGCUGAGAACUGGUGGUUCAAAAGGACACUGAAGCUUUAGACACAAGCAUGGCUUGGAAGAGAAACAAGGUUGAGAGAACACAAAGGUUAAGCACAUGGAAAUUUGUUUGGCAAUUCUUUUUACAUCACAGUUUCCAUUACUUGCUCCCACAAACCGGGGUUUAUCUGAUUGUGUGGUAGAUGGAAACCUCAGGAUAAAAUUCAAUGGCUGAAGGUUGAGUGAAAUUUACCCUGGCCGUGGUUAUGAAGAGGGCUGAGAGAAGUGAGAAAGCUGCUGAAGAAAAGUUUGAAGCUAGCAGAGAUUGGUUAAUGAGAUUAAAGAAAGAAGCCAUUUCCAUAAGUGCAAGAUGAAGCAGCAAGUGUUGAUGUAGAAGCUGUAGCAAGUUUCCAGAAGGUAAGGUCGGAAUCACCUUUCUACACUGGAGGUAACUGAGGCCAAAAGGUAUUGUGACAAAUCUAUACGGCUGUAAAAGGCAGCGUGUGGAGGUGGAGCUCAAAUCUGACUCCACAAGUCAGAAGCUCAGAUAAGGCUUUGGUAGCGGGGCCUGCAAGUCCAGGAUGAGCGCUCGUUCCGCGGCGGAGCGCUUACAGUCCCAGAAAUCUUGGAUUGAAGGAGUGUUCAACAAGAGAGAAUGUAACAAAAUCAUACCCAGCUCUAAAGACCCUCACAGAUGCACUGCAGGAUGUCAGGUCUGUCAGAAUUUAAUCAGGUGUUACUGUGGACUAUUGAUUAGAGACCAUCAUGGGAUAGAUUAUACUCGGACCGUCUCAGCUGCCAGCGGUAGUGAAGAUGAACAGUGGUCUGUUGAAAAGCACACAACAAAAAGCCCUACAGAUACCUUUGGCACGAUUAACUUCCAACAUGGAGAGCACAUCCACCACUCCAAGUAUAUUAGAACUUCUUAUGACACAAAGUUGGAUCACCUGUUACAUUUAAUGUUGAAAGAGUGGAAGAUGGAACUGCCAAAGCUGGUGAUCUCUGUCCAUGGUGGUAUCCAGAACUUCAAGAUGCCCUCAAAACUUAAAGAGAUCUUCAGCCAAGGUUUGGUAAAAGCUGCAGAGACAACAGGAGCAUGGAUAAUAACUGAAGGCAUUAAUACAGGUGUGUCCAAACAUGUUGGGGAUGCCCUGAAAGCCCAUUCCUCGCAGUCCUUGAGAAAAAUCUGGACAGUUGGAAUCCCUCCUUGGGGUGUCAUUGAGAACCGGAAAGAUCUUAUUGGAAGAGAUGUAGUGUGCCUGUACCAGACUCUGGGAAACCCCCUCAGCAAGCUCACAACACUCAACUGCAUGCACUCCCACUUUAUCCUGUCUGAUGAUGGCACUGUGGGCAAGUAUGGCAAUGAGAUGAAGCUCAGGAGGAACCUGGAAAAGUACCUCUCUCUGCAGAAGAUACAUAGUUGCUCUGGACAAGGCGUGCCCGUGGUGGGGCUGGUGGUGGAAGGUGGUCCCAACGUCAUCCUCUCAGUGUGGGAGACUGUGAAAGACAAAGACCCGGUGGUGGUGUGCGAAGGCACAGGCAGGGCUGCUGACCUCCUGGCCUUCACCCACAAACACUUAGCAGAUGAAGGGACCCUGCGUCCUCAGGUGAAGGAGGAGAUCAUCUGCAUGAUGCAGAACACCUUCAACUUUAGUCUUAAGCAGUCCAAGCACCUUUUCCAAAUUCUGAUGGAGUGUAUGGUGCACAGGGAUUCUAUUACCAUCUUUGAUGCUGAUUCUGAGGAGUCACAGGACCUUGAUUUAGCAAUCCUAACAGCUCUGCUAAAGGGCACGAAUUUAUCAGCAUCAGAACAAUUGAAUCUGGCAAUGGCUUGGGACAGAAUGGACAUUGCCAAGAAACAUAUCCUAAUUUAUGGACAACACUGGAAGCCUGGCUCUCUAGAACAAGCGAUGUUAGAUGCCUUGGUGAUGGAUCGAGUUGAUUUUGUGAAGCUCUUAAUAGAGUAUGGAGUGAACCUCCAUCGCUUUCUUACCAUCUCCCGACUGGAAGAGCUCUAUAAUACAAAACAAGGACCAACCAAUAUGCUCUUACAUCAUCUUGUCCAAGAUGUAAAACAGCAUACACUUCUCUCUGGCUACAAGAUAACGCUGAUUGACAUCGGAUUGGUAAUAGAAUACCUUAUUGGUGGAGCAUAUCGCAGCAGCUACACUAGAAAAACUUUCAGAGCCCUCUACAACAACCUCUACAGAAAACAUAAGCAAGUGACCACUCUUGCUCAAAGCCUUUCCCAGCCUGCUCUUCACCGAAGAUGCUGCUCAGGAAAUAGAAAGGAGUCUACAGAGAGCACCCUGCAUUCCCAGUUCAUUAGAACUGCCCAACCUUACAAAGUCAAGGAAAAGUCUGCAGCCCUUCAUAAAUCAAGGAAGAAGUCAAAAGAAGAACAAAAUAUAUCAGAUGACCCUGAUUCUACUGGCUUUAUUUAUCCUUAUAAUGACCUGCUGGUGUGGGCUGUGCUAAUGAAAAGGCAGAAGAUGGCCAUGUUCUUCUGGCAGCAUGGUGAGGAGGCCACGGUCAAGGCAGUGAUCGCUUGUAUCCUCUACCGAGCAAUGGCCCGGGAAGCCAAGGAGAGCAACAUGGUUGAUGAUGCCUCUGAAGAACUGAAAAAUUACUCAAAACAGUUUGGCCAGCUUGCCCUGGAUGUGUUGGAGAAGGCAUUCAAACAGAAUGAAAGAAUGGCCAUGAAACUGCUGACCUACGAACUCAAGAACUGGAGCAAUUCUACCUGUUUGAAGCUGGCUGUUUCUGGAGGGUUGAGGCCCUUUGUUUCACAUACUUGUACCCAAAUGCUACUAACUGAUAUGUGGAUGGGGCGUCUGAAAAUGAGGAAAAACUCUUGGUUAAAGAUCAUCAUCAGUAUUCUUUUCCCACCUGCUAUUUUGACACUGGAGUUUAAAAGCAAAGCGGAAAUGUCGCAUGUCCCACAGUCCCAGGACUUUACAUGGUAUAAUGGUGACCAGAACACCAGCACUCUCAAAGAAAAUUCAUGUCAGAAAGACUGUGAUUUGGAAAGGGGACCUGAUGAGAAAACAGAUGAAAGUCAGCACUUUGAUUUAAAGAGUGGGCUCCAAACUCUUCCUUGGACCAGGAAAGUCUAUGAGUUCUACAAUGCUCCAAUUGUCAAGUUUUGGUUUUAUACGAUGGUGUACUUGGCAUUCCUUAUGCUGUUCACUUACACCGUGUUGGUGGAGAUGCAGCCCCAGCCCAGCGUGCAAGAGUGGCUUGUUAUUAUCUACAUCUUCACCAAUGCCAUUGAGAAAGUCAGGGAGGUCUGUGUUUCAGAACCUGGGAAGUUUACUCAAAAGGUGAAGGUGUGGAUUAGCGAGUACUGGAACUUAAUGGAAACUGUGGCUAUUGGCCUGUUUUUGGUGGGAUUUGGCUUUCGGUGGGGUGCCCCACCUUUCUACACAGCGGGAAGACUGAUAUACUGCAUCAACAUCAUAUUCUGGUUCUCACGGCUCCUGGACUUCUUUGCUGUGAAUCAACAUGCAGGUCCCUAUGUGACCAUGAUUGCAAAAAUGACAGCAAACAUGUUCUACAUUGUGAUCAUCAUGGCCAUCGUCCUCCUGAGCUUUGGAGUGGCACGCAAAGCCAUCCUUUCACCAAAGGAGCCCCCAUCCUGGACCCUUGCCCGAGAUAUUGUAUUUGAGCCAUACUGGAUGAUAUAUGGAGAAGUCUAUGCUUCAGAGAUAGAUGUUUGUUCAAGCCAGCCGUCCUGCCCUCCUGGUUCUUUUCUUACUCCAUUCCUGCAAGCUGUCUACCUCUUCGUGCAAUAUAUCAUCAUGGUGAACCUGUUGAUUGCUUUCUUUAAUAACGUUUACAUAGAUCUGAAAUCCAUUUCAAAUAACCUGUGGAAAUAUAAUCGCUAUCGUUACAUCAUGACCUACCAUGAAAAGCCUUGGCUGCCCCCACCUUUUAUCCUGCUGAGUCACAUUGGUCUCCUACUUCGCCGUCUUUGCCAGCACCAAGCUCCAAGUGACCAAGAAGAGGGUGAUGUUGGAUUAAAACUCUACCUAAGUAAGGAGGAUCUGAAAAAACUUCACGAUUUUGAAGAACAGUGUGUGGAAAAGUACUUCCACGAGAAGAUGGAAGAUCUGAAUUGUAGUUGUGAGGAACAAAUCCGAGUGACAUCAGACAGGGUUACCGAGAUGUACUUCCAAAUGAAAGAAAUGAAUGAAAAGGUGUCUUUCAUAAAGGACUCCUUAUUGUCUUUGGACAGCCAGGUGGGACACCUGCAGGAUCUCUCUGUCCUGACAGUGGAUACCUUAAAAGUCCUUUCUGCUGUUGACACCUUACAAGAAGAUGAGGCUCUCCUGGCCAACAGAAAGCAUUCUACUUGCAGAAAACUUCCCCACAGCUGGAGCAAUGUCAUCUGUGCAGAGGUUCUGGGCAGCAUGCCACUCUCUGAGAAGAAGAAGUAUCAGUGUUAUAGCAUGCCCCCUUCUUUGCUGCGGAGCCUGGCCAGAGGCUGGUAUCCCCCACGAGGGCAGAAAGGGCCCUUUCUUGAGAUUACAAAUCAAGAGGCUUCAAAUGUAAGAAAUGACCAAGGAGAGCAAGAAACAAAAAAUCGUGUAGUUGCUUCUGGGGUGAUGCUGAACAGACAAGCACACCCAAAGUAUGGCCAAUAUCUCAUGGUCCCUUCUUAUCUAGAACAAGUUUCUUAUUCUGCAAAAACUGACUUGCCUCUGUCCACACCAUCUGUGGAAGCAGGUACAGAUGGGCUGACAACUGAACACGUCAGCCAGACUGAGGUCCCUGUUCAUCUGAUGUGGCAGACCCCGGGUGUCUCAGCCAAGGGCCCCAUGGUGGAAACCAAGGAGCAGUGUGAGUCACUUGGUCAGAUACCAGCCAGACAAGACAAGGGGGAACAAGUGCUCCCCACUUUGAUUUGCACACCUGCACCCACGAGAGUGUCCUCCCUCCCUUCCCAGGUCAUGAGCAUGCAACCUGGAGGUGGAUAUGUGAACUGGGCAUUUUCAGAAGGUGAUGAAACUGGUGUGUUUAGCACCAAGAAGCAAUGUCAAAUCAGCAUGGCCUCCACUUGUAACCAUGACUCCAGACAGAGUGAACAUGGCCAGAAGCAGAACUGGGGCAGAUCCCUGUCUGAUAACUCGGCAAGAUUGGCCCAGAGGAAUUGCUCAGAACUACUUCCAUGGCUCCAGCCAAACACAUCCUUUCGAAUCAGUCUGCUUCGGAAAGACAAGCCCUUCACUGGGAAUCAGAGCUUGAGAUUACACAAGGAGGAGAAGUUGAAGAUCUCUAAGAUUAAAAAUCUAUCAAAAUUCUCAGAGAUAGGACAGUCAAAAUGGAUCAAAACAAAAUUGCUAACCAAGGAUAGGAAACUGUCAAAGAAGAAGAAAACACAAGGACUACAGGUGCCAGUCAUAACAGUCAACACCUGCUCUCAAAGUGACCAAUUGAACCCAGAGCCUGGAGAAAAGAUCUCAGAAGCACACAAGGGCAGCAAGAACUGGAUUCCAGUGUGCAAAUUUAAUCAGAUAAGUCUAGAAUCUUACAUAUAUCAGAAAAUGAAAACUAAAGGAGCUGAACGACAUCCUGUACAAGUCAGUGAUUAUGGAAGGCAGUCUCAAGAGGAUCUUAGCAAAAGCCCUUUGUGGGAUUCCAGGAGCACCACAGUCAAUAGGAAGUCUCAGUUGAGAAGUUCAAAUGGAGUUAACAAAAUCUCAGACUCCUUAAAAAGCCCUCAAGAGCCUCACCAUCAUUAUUCAGCCAUUGAAAGGAACAAUUUAAUGAGGCUUUCUCAGACCAUACCAUUUACACCAAUCCAACUGUUUGCAGGAGAAGAAGUAACGGUCUAUAGGCUGGAGGAGAGUUCUCCCUUGAAUCUGGAUAAAAGCAUGUCUUCUUGGUCCCAGCGGGGGAGAUCUGCUAUGAUCCAGGUGUUGUCCCAAGAGGAGAUGGAUGGUGGCCUUCGCAAAGCCAUGAGAGUCAUUAGCACCUGGUCUGAGGAUGACAUCCUCAAGCCAGGGCAGGUUUUCAUCGUGAAGUCCUUUCUUCCUGAGGUUGUGCAGACAUGGCACGAAAUCUUCCAGGAGAGUACUGUGCUUCAUCUUUGCCUUAGGGAAAUUCAACAACAAAGAGCUGCUCAAAAACUGAUCUAUACCUUCAACCAAGUAAAACCACAAACCAUUCCCUACACUCCAAGGUUCCUGGAAGUUUUCUUAAUUUACUGCCAUUCAGCCCAGCAGUGGUUGACCAUCGAGAAGUAUAUGACGGGGGAGUUCCGGAAGUACAACAACAACAACGGUGAUGAAAUUGCCCCCAGCAACACUUUGGAGGAGCUGAUGUUGGCUUUCUCUCACUGGACCUAUGAGUAUACUCGGGGAGAGCUGCUGGUUUUAGAUUUGCAAGGUGUUGGAGAAAAUUUGACAGAUCCAUCUGUAAUAAAACCUGAAGACAAACAAUCAAGAGGAAUGGUGUUUGGACCAGCCAAUUUAGGGGAAGAUGCAAUUAGAAACUUCAUUGCAAAACAUCGUUGCAACUCCUGCUGCCGGAAGCUCAAACUCCCGGACUUAAAAAGAAACGACUACUCUCCUGGAAGGAUAAAUUCUGCCUUUGGACUUGAAAUCAAAAUAGAACCAGCUGAGGAGAUUCCAGCGGGGGAAGAGGGUAGUAAUUCUCCAGAAGACCUCACACGAUUGUAAAAAAACACACCAAAAAACAGAAGUAAGAAGAUGACAGCCUUUGCCCUGCCUUCCAUGAACUCUAUGGUAACAUAGACUGGCGAUAUAACAUUGAUGAUGUCAGAGCCUCUGCCAGAAUGGCCUUACCCCAAGGGCCUUCUGGGACGUGCCUUCUGAGUCUCAGGUCUCUCUUGCCCAAGGACUUCCCUGUUGUUUGAUGAAUGGGUUUUCCUAGAUACUGACCCCUGCAGGGUGCUUUGCAUGUGCAGGGUUCAUCAUGCUCAAGUUGCACAGGAAGACAUUUGGAUGAAUCAGCUGGGAAAGCGGCUCCUUUAUACCUCAUUCCUUGGUGCAGAAUGCUGGGCACUUAAAGAACCAGGCAGAUUAAUUUAUUUUCUCACUCUGUGUGCAGACUCUAACCUCCACUGCUAUUCAUCACCUAACCCCCAUAUUGUAUUGAUGUAUAUAGUUGUACAUAAAAAAGUCACUUGACUUCCUCCUCUCUCCUUUCCAGCAGCAUAGGGGUUUAUAUGGUGACAGAAAGAAAAACAAUGGAGAGAAGGUGUAUUUGCACAGACUGGAGGACACUCCUGUACAAACUAGUCAGCGAAAAGGUAGCAUCCUGGUGACAUCUGCUGGGUUUGAGUAUCAUCAGUGGAUCAAAUGAUCACUGGGCAUUUCAGGUUUCUCUAGAAGAGAGGAAAGGGAAAUCUAAGACAAAUGCCCUGGCAUUUUCUUUUUUUAAGGGAACAAGGAUAUAUAACACUAGCAAUUAUUAAGAAAUGUUUUCCCUUCCCUUAAGCUCAGGGACACUAUUGGUUAGAGAGUUGAGUAACCCAACCUCUUAAGAAUUACUCCCUUUUUCAAAGCUGGGUAUAUAAUAUUACAAGCUGAAUUACUCUAUGUCAGGUCAUAUAAGUAAAGAUGGGGUUUCUGAAUGAAAACAUGCUUUGAAAAUUUUGAUUCAUUGCAGUGCAGAGUUCUGGUGGCUUCAAGAGUGCUGGAGUGUAUAGUUUAAGUAUGGCCUGAGCACAUGUGAUCAGUUUCAGAAGCCUGAAGAAAGGGUCCCUGGAAGCCACACUGUACAACAUGUUUGGGGGAUCAGUCAUCCCUCUUUCACACUUUUCAAGGGUCACCCUACCUCAGAACAAGCACAAACUGUUCACCCAAGGAGGACUUGAAGGGCUGGGUACCUUCCCCCCCUCUCCCCUCAUCUCCUUUCCUCAUUAAAAAGCAUUCCAAUCUAUCAGCAACAAGCCUCCUGGGGCUUGAAAUUUUCACCUUAUCUUUACCAUUAGCCCUUGCAUUAGCUGGCUUCCUUUCAAAUCAGUGCUCCUGUAUUCUUAGGUUAUACUCUGGGGAUACGUUGCCCAAAGGUAGGGGGAUGGAAAUCCAAGGAUUUGGUUUGCCAAGGAUAGUGUAUGAUUUUUGUGAGAUGCAUGAUGACUGAUUUACAGCCCUUUUACUUUGGUCUUGGGGGUGGUGGGAGGUGGGAAAUCUGGGUGAUUUCUUGAUUGGCAAUGAGGAUAAAUUGUUAAUGCUUUUUCAGAGCUUAACUGCCUUAUCCUGUUCUGCAAAUCGGUAAGAGAUCUGUUGGUACUCACUUCAGAGACAUGUUCAACUAUGGAAACAGGCAAUUUUCCUAUCCAAGGCCACACUAGAAAGCAUUAAUUCAUUGGUCAAAUAUUUGUUACCUGGAAUGGAACUUGAAAAAAUACAUUUUGAUUUUUCUUUUC